AUGGGUUUUGCUCCAAGAGAGCGAUACGCACUCUCCACCAAGGAUGUUCUUUCUUGGAUUUUCGACGAUGUAAAAUAUGAUCCGGACAAGCCAGUUUACAUUGAUACGGCAAAUGCGGAAAGAUCCAUCUCUAGUCGAAAGGCACGCGCAAUCGUACGGCAACUGGCAGCAGGCUUUGAUGCCGCCGGUGUCAAAGCAGGCGACUGUGUGUGCGUCCAUGCGUUCAACGACAUCUACUAUCCUCUCAUAGUCCUGGGUAUCAUCGCCGUAGGAGGCGUUUUCACCGGAACCAACCCAGCUUACACAGAACACGAACUGAAACACGCCCUGAGAACGGCAGCGGCCAAAUGGCUCAUUUCCGAGCCUGAAAUAUUAGAUCCUCUGCACAAGGCCGCACGGAGCCUCAACAUCGCCGACUCCCGAAUAUGGAUUUUCAAUCCUCUACCAAACCAGCAGGUUCCUCGCGGCUGGAAAUCGUGGAAGGCUCUAUUUGAGCAGGGAGAGAAAGACUGGAUCCGAUUCAAUGAUUUGGACACGGCCAGGGGCACCAUAGCCAUGCGACUGUUCAGCUCGGGAACCACGGGCUUGCCCAAGGCGGUCGACGUGUCGCACUACAAUGUCACGGCGCAGCAUGACUUGAUCUGGGGACGUCACGUCGCAAACACGAGCUUUGAAGACAUCCAUCUCUUCCCCCUACCCAUGUUCCACGCCGCCAUCGCAUUUCGGGCGCACACGAGCACUUUGAAAGAGGGUGAGAAGACGUACAUCAUGCGGCGCUUCGACCUGGAGCAGUUUCUCGCCAACGUGGAGAGGUAUCAAGUGACAUGCCUCGGGCUAGUCCCUACCAUGGCCCUGAACAUUAUCAAAUCGCCGCACAGCAGGAAAUACUCCAUGAAGAGCGUCCGUUGGUGUAUGUGCGGGGCGGCGCCGUUGCGUCCCGAGACACAAGCCCAACUGCAAAAGCUCCUCCGUGACGACUGCCCGGUCACCCAGGUUUGGGGAAUGACGGAAUCGUCGUGCUCAGCGACCCGUCUCGAGUAUCCAGAAAAGGAUACGACCGGGAGCAUUGGUCGUUUGAUACCCAAUCUCGAGAUGAAGCUUGUCGACGAUGAUGGUAACGACCUUGGCGAAGUCUAUAAUGUCCGUGGCGAGAUGUGCCUCCGAGGACCGACCAUCGUACCUGGCUAUUAUAACAAUCCCUCGGCGAAUGCACAAAGUUUCGACGCCGACGGCUUCUACCACACGGGCGAUAUCGGCUAUUGCGAUGGAACGACAAAGCUGUGGUACAUCGUUGACCGGAAGAAGGAAUUGAUCAAGGUACGAGGCUUUCAGGUGGCGCCACCGGAGAUUGAAGGGAUUUUGCUAGAUCAUCCCGACAUUGUCGACUGCGCCGUAAUCGGAGUCCAGCAUCUCGUCGACAAUGGAGAGCCCUUGGAAGCUCCGAGAGCUUAUGUGGUGCGAAGGGAGGGCUGCACGGAGAGAGGUUUGGACGAAGAGGCAGUCAAGGACUACAUUAAACCAAAAUUGGCCAGGUAUAAGUGGCUAGACGGAGGAGUUCGAUUCGUUAAUCAGAUUCCGAGAUCAGCGAACGGCAAGAUAUUGAAGAAUGUCUUGAGGGAUGAAGCGACGAACGAGUCUGCGGGCAGGAGACCCAGUAAGCUCUAG